UGAGGUCAACAUGUUUGCGCAUGACAUUUUGUCAUAUUUAGAUCCAGAUCUUUGUUUUGUCCCAAUUUGAUAAAAGGAGAGACAUUCUUUUAAUUUAUAGCAGAAAAUAGGUUUACUUGGAUUUUGAACAUGAACUGGUUUAUUUGUUGUUGCAUCUUAACAUUGGUGCUUAGAAAUGAUAAUGUCGUUUCUGCUUUUAUUUUUGGCUCACCCCACAGUUCAGUGUCAUGUGACCACCUCCCUGAAUACAACAAUCUUAUAAAAACAUUAAAACUUCACCCAUGCAUAAGUGAUACCCAAAUUUGGCAAAUGUUGAUCCCACUACAUGACAAAAGCCAUUCCUGUCUACGACAACUAAUCACCAUAGCAGCUGGGUACGUCGAAAGUCACAAUAUUGAUGGAACGGGAUGUCAUUGUUCACAUAAGUUUGACCGGGAGCACGUGCACAGUAUAGGACACAACCACGAUAACUAUUGGACCUGUGUGGUGCAUAAUUCAAAUUGUGAAUACUUGUUCCAUUACUUUUAUCUGCGAACAAGCCAGACACAUGCAAAGUCUCAAUGCCAGUCUAAUAGUCACGUUUGGACACAUCUGAGAGACAUCAGGGGCCAUCUUGGAGUAGAUGUUCAGACGGACAUUAUCCUGCACCUUGCUCAAACAUUUUCCAAAGGACAUGAAAAUGUCUGCACAUGCACAAAAGAACAACAUUUGCUUACACAAGUGUCGACGCUAAAGGCCGAGCCAUCAAGCACCGUAACAGUUUCUCUAACCACAAAACCGACAACUCAAGAAAACACUUUUGCGUCAGCAACAUCACCAUUCGUGCCAUCCGCCACCCAACCAGCCAGUGGAACGAGCAAACAUAACACUGAACAUUUUAAUAACCAUCAAAUCACAUCAUCUUUUGGUGGCUCAACUGCAACUUCAUCACAUGCAAUUCAAAAUCCACAACCAGUGCCGUCUAAUAUAGAUCAAUCUUCAACAAAUGCAUUAAAUAUAACUACCAAUUGUGAGAAGUAUCGCUCAAUAUCAGGAAUAGCUGCUUCAGUGUCGGUCUCCCAUCCUUUAGCUUACCUUUGUCUGUCUGGUAAUCGAACCUCAAACGAAGCCUAUGUUUUAGUGAAUUGUCAAGUUGGAAUCCCUGAAAACUGGAAAGAAGGACCAAACGUGAUGGCAAACUGUGCAUCUAUUCCAACCUAUACCCCCAUAGCAACCUUUAAGACAGAGUAUGCCGGCGUUCGUGACCAUGAGGGUCUAUCCGGAAUCUUUCUUGGUUGUACUUAUGGCGGUUUCAAGAUAGCUUUUCAGAAUUGUGACACAUAUGCAACAAUUAAGCAUAUAGAGAGUGCAUCAGGGUCUGGGAUUGAUGAUCCGUAUAAUUAUUUUGUUAUUGCAUAAUAAAAAAAAAUGUCACGUAAAAAGUUGUUAUACAAAUAAAUGUUCACCAU